AUGUUGAUAUUGAAAUCAUUUAAGAGGCCUAAGGGGGGUGGUCCAUGUCCGUUGAUUCAGAACCCUGUGAAAAAGUGGUUAAAGUAUUUAUCAAUUUUUCACAUAAUUCUGUUGGUUAUGACGUGUGUCUCCAUUAGUUUUCCCUUUAUUCAUGAUUUGCACUGCUCAAUUCUGUUCAACUCACUCGCCAAUCUCAUUGCUUCCGCCAUCUGCUCCACACUCAUGGCAUCCUACUACAUCUUCGUUUCCAACAAGGAUCUAGGUACGGAGAAUGAGUGGGCGAUAACAGCAAUAAUUACCAUAACAGUAGUUAUUAUCGACAUUAGUAUCUCAGGUUGGGGAAUAUAUACGUUUACGAAUUCAUCAUUUAAGAUAUAUAAGGCGUUACAUGAUGAGUUUCAAGUGGAGCCAGACUGUUUACAGACAAAGGCCAGAGUUUUUUAUAUCUCAGGAUUCAUCGUUAUCUGUUUACAUAUUUUUGUUGCCGGAGCCUGCGUAAUAGCAUCGGCGUUGCUGGGAAAAGGAAUAAAGAAACAGUUGAUAGAAUUAAGAUUACUUUCAUAAUGUUUUAUCAUCCA